AUGUCCUCCACUCCCCAAUUAGCGCAAUCCCCUGGGGUUGUUGAACAGGCCGUCAUAGUCCCCAUCAAUCGUUCGUUUACGGAUGGUAGCGACUCGACAUGGCCCAAGGAUCCUAAGUAUGGGAGACCAGACGAUAGUGUUUAUCGGGAGAAGUUGGCCAAAUUAUGGUUGCAGAAGACCGGGGCUUAUGAAAAUGGUGUGCACUAUAUACUGGACAAUCUACCGGAAGGCUACGCGCUUCUUGAUCGACCGCGUAUGUCGAAACCUAAUAUCCGCGAUAAAUUCCUCUGGGGUCACCCACUCGGACAAUAUUUCUUCUCUCCUGUCCAUUUCUUUCCCCAUUUCUACUUUCUUAUGACCGGGGGGACGACUCCCUGUCAAUGUGCUCUCUGCGAGAAAAUGACAAGCCUUUCUAAAGAAGGACGGAAAAAGCCUGGACGUCCUGUAGGAAGCCAUGUGAUCGACGGCCAUUUGGUGAGACCGGAUGGAUCGAUCGGACCGGCCGUAAAAGCCGCACGAACACCCGGGAGACCUGGCCGACCGCCUGGCCGACCCCCAGGAAGACCAUCGAGGGUGUCAGGGCCGACCGUGACGCCGGUAGGAAGACCAUCUGGAAGACCAUCGGGGGUGUCAGGGCCGACCGUGACGCCGGUAGGAAGACCAUCUGGGAGACCUCCAGGACGGCCGUCGGCCGGGUUCUCAUCGGUGACACCGCGUCCGAUAGCCGUUGACAGCGAAGGGACACCGGACGUGUUCAAGUCGGCAAUCGUGGAACUCAAGAAAAGGGGAAGCCUAGCAAAAGACAUCAUCGAGAAUAAUAGUAUGGACUGGCGGGCUGAGCAAGCAAAAAUGGCCGAAAUCAUCGAGGGAUUUAGCAUGCAGCCCGCAUACCUGCCACGCAUCGGUGAAGUUGUGCUCUGGAUGCCUGAUUUCGAGGGCGAGCUGGCCUGGAACUCGGAAACAAGGCACAUAGAACCCUAUUCGACCACCGAGAAGCGAUGGCUGGGAACUCCUCAAUGGCGCGCGGGCAUCGUGGGUCAAGUCCCUGAGAAAGAUACGGUGCUCCAAGAUCUGCACAGCACCACCCACAAGGAUUCGGGGGUGAACUACUCAGGGUUCCGCGUGGAAACGUUCCCCGACCCGCACAGCAUCGACAAAAGCUACUCACUCCACUACAAAUACGUCCCUCUCAAGUGCAUCAAGCCGUUUAACUUCUACGAAAUGUUCUUGCAAGGCACCCCUCGCCAUGAUCUACACCCCUCCAUCGAAUAUGCCAUGACCAUCAUGUCCUCCUUCAGCCUGCUCGAUAAAUAUCACUUCAAAGGCACUUGGCCCGACGCUUCGAUCCACUGCCGGGGGAUCUUCCUCGGCGCCGAGCUGCUCGUCGUCGGAGACGUCGUCCGACUGAAACCCAAAGCCGCCCAGCCCGACCCAAAACAACCGCACACCGUCACCGACGUCAUGGUCAUCGACGAGAUCCGUCUCGACCUCAUCCAUUGCGACGACCACCCGAAAUCCGAGCACCUAGCCGAGCGCAUCGAAGUGCGCAUCCGCGGGAAAGUGUACUCCAACAGCUCUAAACGCGCAUACUACGCGCGACCUUACCUCCUCCAAGACCCCAAAUCCAUGUCCCCGGACGAAGUCUCCGAGGCCUUCCAGUACAUCGGCAUGGGCGGGUAUGGGUCAUGGUUCCGACUCUUGCCCGGUUCCAGCGUCGAGGUCUCCCAAGACAUGAUCCUCGGCCGAUGUUACGAGCCCGACGCCAUGCAGCUCCUCUUCGGCCGGUUAUCCUUAGGUCUGGAUCUCCACGGCGUGUUGAACGGCCGCGCCUACUCGCAGCAAGCCGAUCAGCGCAUCGCGCCAGGUCGAAACUGGUUCUGGGGCGACUUCCGCACCCAGACACUCGCCAUCGACUCUCUCAACGGCGAAGACGUCGGCUACUACAGUGACACCCGUGACAUGGCCAUGUGGCGCGCCAACCUGCGCAUCAUCGACGGCAUCGCGGGGUCGGCUGAUUUCCGAGAAGCCAAGAUCCCGGGCGACGUUGGGCGGCCGGCCACGAAAUCACGGUCCAGCUUCGCCGAGGUCGGCAAACUGAGCAUGCUGGUCAGCACGGGUCUCGGGGUAGGGGAUACGAGUAAUAACGUGAGUUCGGCGGAAGAGGAACCGUUGGAUUCAGUGGAGAUGAUGGGUAUAGAGGGUGGCAGUGGGGGCAUUGAUGAUGAGGAGGAAGAAUCAGAAUCGGAGGACUUUACUGUCCGGAUGGAUCAACUCCGUGGGGGAACCGAGGAGUCGGAGGGAGGCGAUUAUAGACCGGGUCUUUGA